AUGGCUGACGGUGGGUGCGGCGGGGGCACCAGCGCGGUGGGUGGUGGUGGCUCGGACCGGCCUCGGCGGGGGCGGCGGCUGGCUGCGGGGGUGGGCCGGCUCGGCAACCCGCAGCUCAUCGCGCUCAUCGCGGAGCAACUCAAGAGCCGGGGUCUCUUUGACAGCUUCCGCAGGGACUGCCUGGCCGACGUGGACACCAAGCCAGCUUACCAAAACCUGAGGCAAAAAGUGGAUAAUUUUGUGUCAACACAUCUGGACAAGCAGGAAUGGAAUCCCACGAUGAACAAAAACCAAUUGCGAAAUGGUCUGAGGCAGAGUAUAGUUCUAGUCAGGGAUGUUGGAAGCUGGAGUGGACAGAAUUAUUUCCCAGGUGGUGGAUCCCAAACUGAACCACAUCUUCAGACCACAGAUAGAACGAGCAAUUCAUGA